UGUCUCAUUUUAGUGAUGGCAGAUCGUGGUUUUACAUGACACGGCACUGAAACAAGACUCUAUAUAAAAUGGCAGGUCUUAUUAACAACAGAUAAUUAGAGGAAUUAAGGUGAUUACCAGACAGUUCAACAGGUCUACACAUGCACUCCUACUACUGCUGCUGGGCAGGACCGUUUCAGAUGAGUGGAGGGUGGACGUGUCUGCAAUAAAACCAGAAGCCAACCCAGCGACAAUGCGAUGUCUAACAGCUGACGUGCAGCGGGGGAGCACCACGUGAAGGGACCCGAUGAAAAGUCUUGACGUGAACUAGAGCUGGCGAGACAGAAGGGGAAACACGCAGUCAGAUAGACUACUGGAGGUCUUGUGCUUAACGUUACUGAUCCAGGACACACUUCUUCUCGCGGAUUUCACCAGGAUGGCUUGGAGAGGAGGGAGAGCACCGUCGUUUUAUCGACCAGUCCAUUAUCUAAACUAAGGCUGGUAUUAUUUCUGACCUGAGGACUCAGAAGAAAAGAAAAAGGUGAUGACCUGGAUGGUGCCAUGUGAAUGACUGAAGACCAUGAAGCCCACUCACAAGCUGAUGUUCGUCCUGUGCCCCAUGCUGGUCCUAGGCUUUAUUUACUACUCCUCUGGGAAACUACAUCUACACGUAUGGGGCCAGAAGCCUCAGAGUGAUGCAGAAGAGACAACUGUAGUCCUGACUAAAGGGUCUGAAGGGAACAGAAUCACAGAGUUGGAAACGGACAUCACCGUGGGACGAAUAGUAGGCUCAGUGUAUGAUAAGCAGGGCUUUCUGCUGCAGCUGGACACAAAACUGCCACCAGAGUUGGCAUACAAGUAUGGCAACAUCAGCGAAGGAGUGUGCAAGCCAGGAUACGCAGCAGCCAAGAUGACCGCCAUCUAUCCCAAAUUCAUGAAACCAGCACCCAUGUUUCUUGAUCGGAACUUUAAACGUCUGGCAAAAGUCAGCAAUUACUUGCCUCCAUUUGGAUUCAAAACGCAAGAGAGAAUCAUAGAUAGCAUUUUAACUGCCACAAAAAAUUAUGGACUUGGAGAGGAGCUGGACAGCCUCAGCUGUAAAAAAUGCAUCGUUGUGGGCAAUGGUGGAAUUCUGUUCAACAAGUCGUUGGGCUCCCGUAUAGAUGACUACGAUGUCGUUGUGAGGUUGAAUGAAGCUCCAGUAAGCAGUUAUGGCAAAGACGUGGGGACCAAAACCACCAUUAGGAUUACCUAUCCAGAGGGCGCUAUCCAGAAGCCCGACAACUAUGAAAAAGAUUCACUAUUUGUCUUUUCCGCUUUCAAACCACUGGAUUUUAAGUGGCUCAGACAGAUGGUCUUUAAGGAGAAACUGAGGGGUACAGAGGGUUUUUGGAAGUCGGUGGCUCACUAUGUGCCUCGGGAGCCGACAGAGAUGAGAAUCCUCAAUCCCUACUUCAUCCAGGAGGCUGCCUUCCAGUUCAUAGGCCUGCCCUUCAACAAUGGCCUCAUGGGCAAAGGGAACAUUCCAACUUUGGGAACAGUUGCUAUAACGAUGGCACUGCAUAACUGUGACGAGGUGGCGGUGGCUGGUUUCGGCUACGACAUGAACACGCCGCAUGCACCUCUGCACUACUACGAGACGGUCAAGAUGUCCGCCAUUAAAGAGUCAUGGACACACAACAUAUCCAAGGAGAAGGAGUUCCUCCGCAAGCUGGUGAAGGCCAACAUCAUCACAGACCUGACCAACGGCAUCUGAGUUUACACCCACCCAGUCUCCCUCUGCCUUUCCCAAAGGACUACAAAACUGACAACUGGGUCGACUCUGGGAGAAAGAACCCUUAGAAUCCGGAUGGCCUGCACACUGUCUGGGUUUUUCAUAUCAAAGGAGAUUAUUUAAAAAUAAAAAAACGGAUACAGGAGGGUUUCUGUGGUGUGAUGCACACAUGUGCCUUCUGAACCAAAGACUCCUGCUGAUUGAAGCAGGGAGUGGAGAGGGUGGACACGAGGAGGACCGGAUCUGCCCGGUUCCUGUCUUAUCAAGGGACGGUCGCGGGAAAGCUCUGCCGGCCCCUCGCUUCAACGUUUACCACUUCAACCCCAAGAGUAUCACGUGAAGGAAGAGUCAGAUGUCAGGAUUUAGCUUAUCGCACUGGCUAACUUGAUGGCGGCACAGAAGAAAAAGGUAUUAGCAGGAGUAUUAGCAGUGCCAAACGUACCUCGUACAGGGGAGAGGCCGUCCUCCUCCUUUUGCUGCCUGAAUGUAUUCACUUUCUUCAGUGUAAAUAUCAAAGGUUUUUACUGUGCUUUUUAACAAGCUGCAGCAGCCCCCCCACCUCCCACCCACCAUUUGUCCAUUCAUUCAUUCCUUUUUUUACUGCCUGUCCAGGGUCCAAAAUUAACAUUUGCGAAGCCAGUUGACAGUAGAUAAAUCAUCACGGGUCACCUGCCACACAGACUGGUGUCACUUUGAGACACCAGCAGUUAGUGAUAUACAGACGUCAGUUUUUGCCGUUUUCUCUGUAAAGUCUUUGUCUGUAAGGGAAUUAUAUUUGGCGAACUAUAAAGCCGGUUCUUUCUGCUUGUUAAGCGGGCUCUACACAGAGUGGCUGUGUGUUCUCAUACCAGGUGAGAGCUCACUGAAAAGAUUAUGCUUUCUAAGAUGCUCUAAAUGAAAUAGCAUUGAAAGCACUUAUCAGGAAAAUGUGUAUUUAUUAUUUUGGUGAGUCUAAAUUAUUUCAGUCAUGGGACUAUUUGUUUUUAGAUAACCCGACCUGGCGGGUGAGACCAAAAGUAAAAUUGGGACACUGCCUUUUUCUCUUCCACCUCUUUGUAAACUCCUCCUCCUCGCCGCUCAUCCACGUCUUCAUCAGCUGUACGGCCUCCGGGCGGCAGCGCAGACGUACAGUAACGUGUUCUGAUCAAGGAGAGCGGACUCUGUAUGUCGAUCCCUCCUCCAACCUCCCGUUGCUGCAGAUGUUCUUGUUCUUCAGUAAAUGGUGAAAUCUCGGAUUGUAGAAUAUAUAUAUAUAUAUAUAUAUAUAUAUAUAUAUAUAUAUAUAUAUAUAUAUAUAUAUAUAUAUAUAUAUAUAUAUAUAUUUUUGUUUUUAGGUCAAUUUUAAUUUAUUUUAUAUUGUUAUUAAGUCCCAGCAUUUUGGUCACAGGCAGGCCUGAUUUCUGUUGCGAAGGUUUGUGGAUUUUUCUAUCGCUACCGUGUGUUUCCUCAGAGACGGCAUCAUUUAAUUUUGUGGCUGAAGCGGCGUUUCUAAAGCCAAAUAAAACCGAUUCAGUAAUAAACGUUAUUAGGCAGAAGCCCUUCAUUUCUGUGCUGUAUGCAGCUUAUGUUAAUAUUAGCCAAUGUCUUUAAAUUGAGGGAAUUUAAGUGGUGAUUGCCACGCUCAAUCCGAAAGGCAUUACUGUGCUCAUCAGGCCUUUGCACUUUGCAGAGGAAUGUUCUGCUGCACGCGCUUCAGUAUUUCAACACUGCAUGAACAUAGAAAGGGUUCAGUAUUAAACAAUCAAAACUUUUGCUUCUUCUCUUCCCCCUCCCUAAAAAAAGAAACCGUGCGAAUGUCACAUCUGAAAUGAGUGCGAUAAUCAUCUUAAUAUAGUGAUGGUGCAUUUAAAUACUGCUUUACCAAAGCAGGGUUUUGUUUUACAGUUUGUCAGAUGACAAUUCAAUGAAGUCUUCGCCUGUUACCUGUUUCUACUUCUUCUUUGGAAGUGCACAUUUAGUAUAUAUUGAACGUACCGGUUCACAUCAGUAAGCUGCUGCUGUUGCAUCUGUUUCCUCGCUCCUCACGUUUCUGUUCAAGAUAAUCUUUCUCAAACACCGAUGGGAUCGUGCAACAGCGUGUCCUACCGAGUCCCUUAAGAACGGCUUCACAGGGUCCGAAGAGAUGGAUCACUUUUUUUUUUGGAAACGAGGCCCCGUUUGAGACGUUAGUGGAGAACAAAGGUAGAAGGCCCAGCUGACCACCAGCUGACCGUUGCACUAUCGGGAGGCGCUCUGUGCCUUACACCUCAUUACCUGAAAACUGUGGCGAGGAGUUUAACGUGAGAAAGUAACCGCAGCUGAUCCCGUAUUUUUUUAAUCUUAGGAAGCCCCAUACUGGUUGUUUUGUGUGUUUUAUCAAACAAACUACAUGUUCAAGCUUAUUCUAAAUGUUACUGCUAACGGCAGUUACAAUGCAAAAUAUUACAAAAUUACCUUUUUUUUGUUUUUUCGUCCAUGGUUGCUUAUUGUUUUUCUGCAAAACUGCUCAUCAAUACUAUGGUCUUUGGCGGCGUUCUAUGAUUUGACAGUUCAGCUUACUCUUCAGGAUUAGUACUGUGAGAACAGUUGUUUAUUCUCUGUUGCUCUUUAUAGGGCGGAGAAAAUGUAGAAUCCAGUGUUUUUGGAGCUCGACUCACACUAGGGACACAGUCAGGAUAUCUUCCUCUCUGCUGCUGUGAUUUUGAUUUCAUUUAUUUUUUAAUCAGUCUCUUGUGAGACCCCCAUUUUUAAGGAAGUGCACUGGUUCACCUCUUUAAAUCUUGAAUGUUAGAACAUCCUUGAAUGCAAGGAGAGUUUGAAACUGGUCUGACUGCCGCGGGGCCAUAUCACUAUAAUGAAUAUUACAAAUAUACGAGGCUGCAGUAGAUUAUCGAUGGCAAAGAGGGGAAAAUAGCGUACUGAAAUUAUUUAAAACCAACAGGAAAUCGAUCUAAAAUCUUGUAUUUUUUUGGAAAAUGGCCAUUAAUUUGGUAAAAUAUGUGAAGUCAGCGGGCUAAAACAUGCCAAACCACCAGUAUGGUCUUUUAAAGCGUUGAGAAUAAGCAGACCCUCAGUUGGAGUUUCUUUUUUCUGUUUUUUUUUUUCCAGGUUUUGAAUUUGUACGCAUGCUGGUGGAGUUCAAAGGGUUUGGACCCAAAUCGCCUCUUCUUCAUAACCUGUUCAUGUUAAAGCAGAAUGUAUUCGCUUUUGUCUUUCAUCAUAUUUAUAAAAAAAAACAAUUUAUUUUACAUUCCACCAUCAUCAAAAGGAAGUCAUAGUGAUCAAAAGUGUUACUAGUUUCAUUUAUUUUCUAUACAUUAAUAAAUGGUUUUCUGCUACUCAAUAAAUAAGUUUGUAAUGGA